AAUUGAAAAGAAAAGUUAAAGAAUUCCAUUCUGAUAAAUUUUGGUUUUGCCUGGAAGUAGGAGACCAGGUGAAGAAAGAAAAGGGAAGAUUGCAAUCUGAGGUUUAAAAAGUGAAGAAUGUAAGUUAGGCUUCGUUUUACAAAUAAAAAUAUCUACAUUUUUUAUUUAAAAAUGGCCAUUCUAAAAAAAAUUCAAGUGAUGAAAUUAAAUUCCCUAAUCAUACCACCGCUGAGAAAUAACCUGUUUCUAUUAAUAGCAGUGUGCACAGACUUCCAAAUAAACAGACUCAUAUGCACAUUGUCCUAUAACUUGAUUUUCCUUUUAUUGCUUUUUUCCAAUUAUAAAAAUAAUGCGUUCUAUUUACCAAAAAAAUGUACAUAUUACCUAUUGUGGUUUGGAUAUUUUUCAUGUAGUAGUAUGUAGAUACAACUUUCUUCUUUUUAGCAACCGUAUUGCAUUUAAUUAAUUGACUAUGCCACCAUUGGACAGUAUCUAUUGAAAGUUACUCAUUUUUCUUCCUUUUUUGGCUAAUAUUAACAGUAUUGAAGUAAGUGUCUUUGUACAUUUUUGCUAGUGUUUCUGUAAAAUAAAUUGCAAAAAGUGAAAUUUCUAGGUCAAAAGGUAAACAUGUAUUUAGUUUGGAAAAUUGUAGCCAAAUUGUUCUGCAAAAUAGUUAUACGAGUUUACAUUUAUGUCUUAAGUGUUAUUUUAAUCUUUGUUAUUCUGCAAAAAAUCAAUUAAAUUUGUAUUUAUUUGGUAAGCAGUGAGGUUGAGCAUAUUUUUAUUAAUUAUUGACCAUUUAUAUUUAUCUCAUACAUUACCAGGUCUUUCUUGUCAAUUGAGUCUUUGUCACUUCUUUAUUGAUUAGUAGGAGUUCUUUGUAUAUGAUGGAUAAUAGUCCUUAUUGUAUGUGGUACAUUUUUGCCUAGUUGCCUUUUUAUCUUUUUGCUUUGCUUAUGGAGUCUGUUAAGGUUUUUUUUCUAAGCCAACGUUUUUCGUUUUUAUGUAGCCAAAAAUGCAGGGUUUUUUUAGUUUCCACUCUUAUUGUCAUGCCAUAAGUCCCUCCCCACAAUUAUGCAUAUGUUCUCUUUUAUUUUCUUUUAGUGCCUUUAUGAUUUUUUUUUAACUUUUAAAUGAUAACAUUUGGAGAGUUGUCUAGAAUUACAUAGUACAAUGGCUGAACAAUGUUGAGGGCUGAGUUGUGGUUGAUGAUGAUUUGUUUGUAGGAGCAACAAUCUGUUAGCCAGGGACAAGCCAGUCAGCUGGGUUUAUCCAACCUUGGAGUGUUUCAGGCAAGUACCUUAAAUGGACAGUGGGGCCUAGCAGAUUAGGAAAACACAAUGAAAUGUUGGACCAUGAUCUUCCAGCAAAGGUUGAGAAGUGAAAACAAAACAAGGGCUAAUAGGAAGAAAGGAAAGGAUAAAUGGACUGGAAGCCGUAAAGAUUUUUUUUAAGGCAAGAAAGGGAAUUAUUUUAGUAAGAUGGUUAAAAAGAUAGGAGGUUGUGGUCAAAUUGGGGGAAUGUCUAAAUUUAUUGUUUCAAAAGAAUGCUGCAAUGUCCAGAGUAAAAUGUCAAGAACAGGCAGGUGAAAUAGACUGGAAGAAAGGGGCAUUGUAGAUCAAGGAAUCUAGCAGUCAGACCCUUGGAUAGGUUAUUCAUGGGAAUGUUGAAGACUCCCAGGAUUACAGUUGGACUUGAGUAGAAAGAAGCAUCUUUUGAAUAUCUGAGACUUCUUUCACCAACACCUUUGUCAACCUUUAUUUAUUUUUGAGAGACUCAUCCCCAGUUACUAAAGAAUAAAAAGUCAGUUUAUCAAAAAAUGUGAAUGAAGUCAGAAUCAGAAUAAUACCACCCUCCCCACCUCCACUUGCUUCUGGAAAAAUAUUUGUGUUUGGGUUCUUUUUUAAUAUGUGAUAGCAGCUAAUAAUAUAUGUAAAGCACUUACCUGAUGCCUAACACAUAGUCAGUACAUUUUUGCGUUUAUUAUAUUAGAGGGAGAUGAUUUAUAUAUGCUUUAAAAUUGGUAUUUGUUUAGUAUUUCUUUCAAGUUAAGAUUUGGAAUUUUGGCAGCCUUGGUCAAGAAUAAAUGACCAGGCAGCUUCAACAUGAACUUGUUUCUAGAACCCCAGAAGGGUUGGGAAUACAUAUAAGAAGCCCAUACUCAAGGCCUGGGAAAGCAGAAAGAGGCAAGGAAGGAGAGAAGAAACUAGAAAGAAGUUGGAUUAGAUAGAUGAGCAAAUACUGGUUAGUUCUGUUUCCUCUCACCUUGACACAUGUGUCCAUUCAGUCACCAAGACAUGAGAAGCAGUAAAUCCUGGGUGAGGCUUAAGCACCCUCUGGUUAUUUUGUAGUGAACAAACUAACAGCUAAGAUUUUUUAGAACCACUCACUUAGAGAAUCAGCUUUUAGAACUUGCAGUUCUUUUUUUCAGUACAUUGGUGGGAAAUGUCAUGGGGAAGAGGAAGGGCUUGUGAAUAUUUUAUAAGAUUUUUGACUUUUUUUCAGUCUGGAAGAUACAGUGGAAAUGGAAAAUAAUUGUACAAAGAAUGUAAACAAGUAAAUGGAGGAAUUUAAGAUUAUUAUCAGUCUUUUAUCCUUCCUUUCUUCACCCACUCAAAAUAAUUAUUCAUUACUUAUGUUGUCUUUAAAAAGAGAAAACCUAAAUUCUUUGCUGCUAAAGUUUACAUUGAUUUUAUAAAUUAAAAAAAACUAAUAUAAGCCUUAAAUAUAACCAGGCUAUUCUAUAAUCUGAUAGCAUCUUUGCAGAGUGAAGCUCAAAAUAUAUUAGAAAACUUAUCAGUACUCUUUAAUAUAGGACAUUUCUGAUGAGAAAUAUUACAAACAUGAGAUCUAAAAGGAUGUAAGUCAUUGAUGAAUUAAAUACCUCAGAGCCAUAUGACCUGAGACUUAUUUCUGUUGUCUGCUCACAAUGAGGCACUUUACAGAAAUAUAACUCUUUAGUUGCUACUUGCACAAUUUCAACUGAAGUUUUAAAUUAGAAAGUGUAAAAGCAAUGAUCCUCACUAUAACACUUCAACGUACAGCAAUACUGUAACAAAUAUAAAUGCUACAAACUGGUUUGUUAAGAUAAGGUAGUUAAAUAUCAUGAGAGUGGCACUGUUUACCCCCUCUUUAGUCUGUGGUCAUUUGUUUUAAUUUUUACCUAUGUGACUUGGUUGCUAACUAGGAUGUUUUUUAGUACAAAUGAUGCAAAUGUCUGUGUUACAUACUACCAGAAAUUCAAAAAGGAAAUAAAAAGAACUCUAUUCUCCAAUGGACUGUGUGACUGGAUCUCUUAAAAACAGAUUCAAAUAAGUAAAACUCAAUCACACUAACUUUAAGUUGUGCUUUAAAAUUUUUUACUAUUUGUCUGAAUCCUGACAAAAUGUAUACUGAGGGUAGCAAAACAUAUUUGUGUAUACAGAUACAGCUGCACUUCAUUGAUUCAUUUCUCUAUUUAACAAAUUUUUAUUGAGCAUAUGUUAUGUGCUUAAAACAGGAGAUAAGUAGUAAACAAGAAAAAUGAAGAAGAUAGUGAUGAUGUUGAUAAUGAUAAUAACAGCUAGCCUGUAUUGAGUGCUACCCAUGUGUCAGGUAUUUAUGUCGAUUAAUCCUCACAUAACAAUAUGAGGCAGAUUCUAAUAUCAUUCCACUUUGCAAGUGAGGGAAUAGAUUUAGAGAGAUCUCACAGCUAGGAAAUAAUGCAGCCUGACUCAAACACUGCAAUUCUGACUCCCAGGGCCAGAUUCCUAACUAACAACAUGCAAAUACAUUCAUUUUCCUCAUGGAGCAUAUGUUCCAGCUACCUGUUUAUUUAACAAAUAUUUAUCAAGUGUCUGCUAUGUGCCAGGCACAGUCCUAGGCCCUGAGUUACAGAGAAAAAGAGUUUGACACGGUCAUUGCUAUCAUGGCUUACACCUUCCAGAGCCUCUAAUAGAGGUUUUGUAGAAAGGGAGAAAGUAUGCACGUAUUAAUGCAAGUACUAGACAUAAUUAAAGUAAUUAAUAACAUUGACAAGAAUUACUAAACUAUUGAAAUAUAAUACAGUUUCUUUAAAAAUACAUACUGUACAUUCAGAAAGGGUAAUGUUAUUUUUACAUCUUAAAAGGAAUUCAUUUUCAUCUCUGGUUCAAAAUAUAUAUCUUUAAAAAAAAAACUUUUUGCCUGGUGUGAUUCCGUCUUGCGCGGCUGUUCUCUGGAGCAGCGUUCUUUUAUCUCCGCCCGCCUUCUCUCCUACCUAAGUGCGUGCUGCCACCGAUGGAAGAUUCGAUGGACAUGGACAUGAGCCCGCUGAGGCCCCAGAACUAUCUUUUCGGUUGUGAACUAAAGGCCGACAAAGAUUAUCACUUUAAGGUGGAUAAUGAUGAAAAUGAGCACCAGUUAUCUUUAAGAACGGUCAGUUUAGGGGCUGGUGCAAAGGAUGAAUUGCACAUUGUUGAAGCAGAGGCAAUGAAUUACGAAGGCAGUCCAGUUAAAGUAACACUGGCAACUUUGAAAAUGUCUGUACAGCCAACGGUUUCCCUUGGGGACUUUGAAAUAACACCACCGGUGGUCUUAAGGUUGAAGUGUGGUUCAGGGCCAGUGCAUAUUAGUGGACAGCACUUAGUAGCUGUGGAGGAAGAUGCAGAGUCAGAAGAUGAAGAGGAGGAGGAUGUGAAACUCUUAAGUGUAUCUGGAAAGCGGUCUGCCCCUGGAGGUGGUAGCAAGCUUCCACAGAAAAAAGUAAAACUUGCUGCUGAUGAAGAUGAUGACGAUGAUGAUGAAGAGGAUGAUGAUGAAGAUGAUGAUGAUGAUGAUUUUGAUGAUGAGGAAGCUGAAGAAAAAGCGCCAGUGAAGAAAUCUAUACGAGAUACUCCAGCCAGAAAUGCAGAAAAGUCAAAUCAGAAUGGAAAAGACUCAAAACCAUCAACACCAAGAUCAAAAGGACAAGAAUCCUUCAAAAAACAGGAAAAAACUCCUAAAACACCAAAAGGACCUAGUUCUGUAGAAGACAUUAAAGCAAAAAUGCAAGCAAGUAUAGAAAAAGGUGGUUCUCUUCCCAAAGUGGAAGCCAAAUUCAUCAAUUAUGUGAAGAAUUGCUUCCGGAUGACUGACCAAGAGGCUAUUCAAGAUCUCUGGCAGUGGAGGAAGUCUCUUUAAGAAAAUAGUUUAAACAAUCUGUUAAAAAUUUUCUGUCUUAUUUCAUUUCUGUUAACAGUUGAUAUCUGGCUGUCCUGUUUAUAAUGCAGAGUGAGAACUUUCCCUACCGUGUUUGAUAAAUGUUGUCCAGGUUCUAUUGCCAAGAAUGUGUUGUCCAAAAUGCCUGUUUAGUUUUUAAAGAUGGAACUCCACCCUUUGCUUGGUUUUAAGUAUGUAUGGAAUGUUAUGAUAGGACAUAGUAGUAGCGGUGGUCAGACAUGGAAAUGGUGGGGAGACAAAAAUAUACAUGUGAAAUAAAACUCAGUAUUUUAAUAAAGUAAAAAAAAAAAACAAAAAA